AGACGAGGCGGACGUGACGUUUUGUCCAGUCUCACACGGAAACGGCGCACUUGACAACAACACAGAAAGACCACUUUUUAUUUGUUAUACUGUACUUAAUCUGUAUUCCGACAAAUAUUAACGAAGGCCCGCAAUAGCUUGUACACGUCGCUAUAAAGGCAUUGCAGCUGCCGCGGCUAGUUAAGGCUAGAUAGCAACCAAAGCUAACACUGCGAAGUAUUUCAAUCCCUCUUGCAGUGUCGAGUAGCUUGUUAACGUUGCACACAGGAGCUGUCAGUUUCCAGAAAUGGCCUGCACUUUGGAGAAAGUGUUGGGGGAUGCCCGGACACUUCUCGAGAGGCUGAAAGAGCACGACACGGCCGCUGAGGGGCUGAUAGAGCAGUCUGGGGCCUUAAACCAGAGAGUGCAGGGCAUGAAAGAGGUGGGAAAUGCCAUUCCAGACAAGCAUACAGAAGACGCUUCAGAGAUUCAGGAGCUGACAAAAUACAAGCCUCAUGUCCUUCUGUCUCAGGAAAACACUCAAAUCAAGGACCUGCAGCAGGAGAAUAAAGAACUAUGGUUAUCUCUUGAAGAACACCAGUACGCACUAGAGUUGAUCAUGGGUCGUUACCGCAAGCAGAUGCUCCAGCUGAUGAUGGCCAGGAAGGAGCUGGACACCAAACCUGUGCUCAACCUCCACGAGAACCACGCUAAGGAAGUGCAGAACCAGGUGGAGCGGAUAUGCGAGAUGGGUCAGGUGAUGAGAAAAGCGGUGCAGGUGGACGAUCAGCACUACUGCUCUGUUCGAGAGAGGCUCGCUCAACUAGAGAUUGAGAACAAAGAGCUUCGAGAUCUCAUGACCUUCAGCAAGAGCUUUGUGAAGGCAGCGAAAGAAGAAAACAGCCAGCCACCACCACCACCAGCAGCAGCAGCAGCAGCGGUAGCAGAAGAAGAAAAGUCCUCUCAACCAGAGUCCGACGAGUGAUCAGAGCAGCUUCAGUGUGAACUGUGGGUGGGGCAAGUGCUUCAGGACAAGGAGACAGGGUGGAUGAUCUAUUGACUGUGUUCACUACAUUAUUUUUUUACAUAGGAUGGAAUGCAGCAUAUUUUUUGUAGCGGAGUCCACUUAAACACAACAUCCUGGCUAUCAGGUGCACUUACAUGGAGGUACCUGGACAAUAGCUAUUGGUGUCAUAUGUACAGUAUGUGUAUUAUCACUUACAAGUAUUCAAUUGUGGCUAGCCUAAGAUUCACGUUUAGGGGAGUAAAGUCAGUAAAAGGGGAUUUAUUUUGUUUUUGGCCAAAGAUAUAUUUACUCCUCAAGGACACCGUUUCUACCUCUUUGGUGCCCCUUUGCUGUUCUCACACAAUCACGAUGUGUAAAUACUCAUAACCAGCCCUCAUAUGAGUCCACUUGAAGUCCAUAAAGAAGCCAACUUGUAGUGUUCACUAUUUUAAAAGGCUGUGCUUCAAAAUCACUCUGCCAACCAGAUGAGUUUUGGCUUUUUCACACGGUUUGCAAAAAGUGAAUCAUUUGUAUGUGAUUGUUUAUCAUUUAAUGAAUUGAAUACGUCUGUUUGUAGAAUUCAUAUAUAAGGUGGCCCAGCUGAUGGCUCAUCAUUAUUUAUGGUAACAAUCUUAAAACUUGUCAAGUUUUUGUGUAAUGGAUAUCAAAUAUUUGCGCACUUUUUGUGUCAAUUGUGUAUUGUCAUCUCAGGAAAUCAGUGUUAAUAACAUGAACAUGCUGUAAUGACUUCAUGACGGUGUACUGAUCUGUGUCAAAUGAUAUUUCAUUCAGAAAAUAAAAUAUAUUGUUUUUGUGA